CCGGGUUCGAUUCUUUCCUUCGCAUUGUUUUUCAUUUUUUACGAAAAAAUAAAUGAGAUGACGUGGUAAUUUCGGGCUCUCUGAUUGGUUGAUUUUUUUAUCAUACGUGGACACCCUCUCCAUGGCUUAUAUUUGCCUUUUAGUAUAGUAUAGAUUUUUCAUCAUCCAUUUCUUUCGAAUUUUUUAUUUGCUUUAAGAGAUUUAGUUUCAUAUUCAGUUACGAUAACAUGCGAGAAGACUGAUUCAAACAUCAUCACUCAUUUCCCUUCUUUCACCAAGCUCUAAGAAAAAAUUGAAGUUCAGAUAUGCUUACUCUUUUCUAAUCAAUCAUGUAAAUACCUUUUGAGUUCAGUUAUGAAAUUGACUUUGCUAAUUAUGUCGACAAUGUGAGUACAUCCUAACAUUAAUCAGCUCACCCGAUUGCAGAACUCGGUUCAACCUGUUCACCUAACGAUUGUAGAUGAAACGGUAAAGACUAAUGGAAAGUGGACAAAAAUGUUGAUCAAAAGCAAAAAGAAGAAGUUUCAAACAUACCAGCCAUGAGAAAAAGAUCAACUGCUGCAAUACGAGAGAGAGAGAGAGAGAGGCAACGAAAGAAACAGAAUAUGGAUUUAGCAAUAAAAGAAACGGAAAAUGGAGAGGAUAAUAACAAACACAAAAUAAUAUUAUAAAAUAUUUGAAAUCUGUUAGUUGACAAAAAAGAAGAAGAUAAACUCUGUAGAAAUUUAAAACUAUCUUCAUUCUUCAGUUAAAAAAUCUAAUAAUCUACAAAACUCUUUUAACGUUACGUUUUAAAAUAAUUAAAUCAGCAGGACUCUUUUUAAAUUGAAAAUACUGUUUAGUUUUUUUAAAAAAAAUAUUGAUGUAGUCGACAUAUGAAAAAAAAAUAGGGCCAUUAACUAAAAUGGGCUGAAUCCAAAACCCAAGGCACAACACAUAAAUUCCGGUCUUGUCUUUUUGUUUGCUGACACGAUACACCUCGUGUUUGCACUUACCACUUACCCGGCAGCUAUACUUGCCAAGUCACUUCAUUGGCUAUCAGCCACCACCAGGAGGGACCCACCAAUCCUGGUUCGUGUAUUUAUUUACGUCGAAAACACGCAAACACAUAGGAAAAAAAGUUUUUUAUUUAUAUAGUAAAAGAAAGUACAAAAAGGUACAAAAAAGCUAGAAGAAAAAACAAAGAAAUGGGCGAUUUUGGAUCCGAUGGAUCGUCAAGCAUGAGCAUUGUAAUGUAUCCGUGGUUAGCAUUUGGUCACAUGACUGCUUUUCUUCACCUCUCCAACAAGCUUGCAGAAAAAGGGCACGAGAUCGUUUUCUUGCUCCCCAAGAAAGCUCUAGACCAGGUCAAACCUCUUAACCUCUACCCAAAUCUCAUCACUUUCCACACCAUCUCAAUUCCUCAUGUCAAAGGGCUCCCUCCCGGUGCUGAGACCAACUCCGACAUACCAUUUUUCUUGACCCAUUUGCUUGCGGUUGCAAUGAACCAAACCCGGCCCGAGGUAGAGACAAUUCUGCGUACAAACAAACCGGAUUUGGUUUUCUACGAUUCCGCUGAUUGGAUACCUGAAAUCGCUAGACCGGUCGGUGCUAAAACGGUUUGCUACAAUACCGUCAGCGCUGCGUCAAUAGCCCUAACUCUUGUCCCUGCUGCGGAGCGAGAGAUCAUUGAUGGGAAGGAAAUGUCAGCGGAGGAGUUAGCUAAACCGCCUCUAGGUUACCCGUCUUCAAAAGUCGUCUUGCUUGCGCGCGAAGCAAAAACCCUAAGCUUCGUCUGGAGGAGACACGAGGGCGUUGGUUCUUUCUUCGAUGGGAAAGUUACUGCGAUGAGAAACUGCGAUGCGAUCGCUAUAAGAACUUGCCGUGAGACGGAAGGCAAAUUCUGCGAUUACAUCGAGAGCCAAUACAACAGACCGGUUUAUCUAACCGGACCGGUACUCCCCGUAGACGAACCUAAUAAGACUUCCUUAGAGCCUCGAUGGGCUGAUUGGUUAGCCAAAUUCAAGCCUGGUUCUGUUGUGUUCUGCGCUUUCGGUAGCCAACCCGUUGUAGAAAAGAUAGAUCAAUUUCAAGAACUCUGUUUAGGGCUUGAAGCAACCGGUUUACCGUUUCUGGUCGCGAUAAAGCCGCCUUCAGGUGUGUCAACGGUGGAGGAAGCGUUACCUGAAGGGUUCCAAGAGAGGGUUCGUGGACGUGGCGUUGUGUACGGAGGUUGGGUUCAGCAACCGAUGAUAUUGGACCAUCCUUCAGUGGGGUGUUUCGUUAGCCAUUGUGGGUUUGGUUCGAUGUGGGAGUCUUUGAUGAGUGAUUGCCAGAUGGUUUUGGUGCCGCAGCACGGUGAACAGAUAUUGAACGCGAGGCUGAUGGCAGAGGAGAUGGAGGUGGCGGUGGAGGUUGAGAGGGAAGAGAAUGGGUGGUUUUCACGGCGGAGUUUGGAGGAUGCCGUGAAGAGUGUGAUGGGUGAAGGUAGUGAGGUUGGUGAGAAAGUGAGGAAGAAUCAUGACAAAUGGAGAUGUGUUUUGAGCGACUCUGGGUUUGCUGAUGGUUAUAUCAGCAAGUUUGAACAGAACUUAACUGAUCUUGUGAAGUCAUGAAUGAUCAUUUUUAUUCUUUCCACUUGGCUUGGUUUAAUUUGGUUAUGUUCGUGUAUUAGCCAUGGUUUAAGAUAUAUUUGUAAAACAUGUUUUAUUUCUUUCGCAAUUCUCAUAAAAUUAGCUGAUUAGGGAAUUACUUCCUGAAGCUGAUAAAUCUAUAUUGUAUUCCUUUUAUGGAAACUAGAGUUUAUCUCCGCGCUUCGCGCGGAUUAUAUAUUUUGACGUUUUAAUAUUAUACUCCCUCACUAUCAAAAAGAUAGAUAUUUUAGAGAAUUUUUUUCUUGACAAAGAUAGAUAUUUUAUGUUUUCUAUGAAAAAAUUAUAAAUUUCAAGAAAAUUAAUUGAUUUUAUUGAAUUACUAUUGGUUAAAAAAUAUUAAAAAUUGAAAUUGCAGAAAGCGAUACAUUUAGUAUAGUGACUUAAUGUGUUUUUUUAAUAUGUGCGAAAACGCUAGAAAGUCUAUCUUUGUGAAAUGGAAAGAGUAUUUGUUUUGCCAAAUAAUUUAAAACUGACCUUUUGAAUACAAUAUAUAAUUUGAUAUAAUUUACAUGUGACAGAUAUAAUUUUAAAUGUAAACCUAUUGUUUAGAAAAAAAACUACAUUGUUUUACCAUUUUUAAUUGUUUGGCCAUUUUCAAAAAUAUUAAUAUUUUUUUUACAAUUUAAAUGAAUUUAAGAUAUGAUUUUACUGAUAUAUGUAUAUUUGUCUUACAUCUAUAUAUUAUUGUUCUAAUAAAUUUGAUGUUGGUCUUAUGUGCUCUUUUGUUUUUUAGAUUUGUUGUGAGUGGUUUGAUUUGAUCCAUGUUGUUCAUAGUGUUUGAAGCGAGUAACAACUUUCAUAAAUUAUUUAUAAUAUUAAUAUGAAUGUAAAUUUUUUUUAUCUUCACAUUUUUAUCUGUUUUGGGUUAAUGCUAGUUAUGAAAUUUUUUUUUCCGAUUUUGGAUGCUUUAUAUUUGUCUUAAAUUUUUCGUUUCAUCUAUACUAUUAUUUGCGAAAUAAAUUUUUGGAAUCGAGCUCUCAAGUUAAAAGUUAUAGUGGUUAAAAUAGUUUUUACCCUUAAUGAAUAAAUAAAAUAUAUAAAUAAAUUAAAAAAUAAAAACAAAAUUUCAAUUUAUUUGAUUAGAUAAUUGAUUAAAAUUAAUAAUAGUAAGAAUUAUCCAAAAUCUGAAAAUAUAAUUUUAAAAGGAGAUAAUUUUUGUAUAUGUUGUAUUGUUAUCUGAAAAAGUUUUUUAGUGAAAAGUUAAAAACAUAAUUAUAUA